UCCUUUAGAAUAAUUUUGCACAAUGUCAAUCAACCCACAGCAUUUUUCACCAUGGAGUAUCCACUUCCAUCAGGACGCCAAACUAAGUGAUACAUUAAAUCAAAAAGCUCCAUUUGCUCUUGGCUCGAGAAAUUUUUUCGAAGGGAAGUAAAGUCCGAUAUAUUCAACUGGCGAAGCUCCACGAGGCUUGGAGACUAGUCUCCUCUCAAGAACCAUUUUCCCAUUGGAAAGUACACGGUUUAUCCCGGCCCCAGACAGUUGUGUAAUUAAAAAAACAAUAAACGAAACACUGUCUGGAGGAAUCCUGAAACUCACAUCUCUAUUUCUGAUAUAACGCCAUGCAAAAUACCAAGUCUCGAAUGCCUGAAUCUCUUCUCACAAUUGUGAAACAAAAUUCCAUUCAUUCUUGUCUGUCUGCUUGGUUGAUGAAAUUAAUUUCUUGCACAGCGACCUCUUGCGACAAGUUUACGUCAUACACUCUCACAGGUUGUCGAUUCCAACGGCCGCGCCGAGCGCACGGCAAAAAUCACGCAACUACCGCUAUAUCUACACAAACUGGAAAACUUCCAACCGGUCACUUUCAUUUAUGAAUACUGUCGUAGCAACAUUGAUCGUGUCUUGGAAUAUAAUUAUAAAGUCCUUCGAAUAUUUCUUUUUUCAUUUAAUUAUCUUCUAAUUAACUAAAUUAAGCUUUUGCCAAACCAAAAGCUAUGGUAAAAUUCACCAGCAGUAAAUAAACAUUUACACGUUACAAGAUUAAAAUCAUUAUAAUAAUUCAAACGAAACACACAACAGAAAUUAAAACCGAAGAACAUAAUGGUCAUAAUCAAGAACCAAAAACAAAAAGUAACCCCCAACAAAUAUGUCGCUUCCAUACCACCUUCCAUUAUGUACCAACUUAUGUACCGAUUCACAAAAGUGCGCCUCCAAGAGUUUGCAACUCGUUGACCAAUCACAAAGCACUGAAUAUGUCGACCCUUUCCAAACCCGCACUGGGUCGACAGAUUUCCGGCACUGUGAUGGGUCAAGGCGUUGCAAACUCUUGGAGGCUCACUAUUGCGAAACGCCGGUAUUGAUACUGUACUUUAGCGAUUUCAUUUUAUUUUCGAAAUAUGCCACUUUCCUAGUUUACUGGAAAAAAUCUCCUUGGGCAAAUUACCAACAUCCUGGUCGUGUUCUGGGAAUAACUUGUUUUGUUAAUAGAGUGACACUUCGAAUAACAACCAGCCGGGGGGAAAAUUAAAGUACACGGAACCGGAGUGGCCGCAUCAGCUUUGGCCUAAAUAACGCUGCGCUUACCCACAGUGGAGAUUGAAUACAUUUGGCGCUCGUUAAAGCAGACAGGAGAAAUAUAACGACCACAUUUUGUUGCCUAAAAUAAGCAUUCCUUGAGCAUUGCACUUACAUCAAAUUAAUAUUCCUAGAAAGGAUAUUAGCCAGACAUUUCAGUGGGAUGUAAAUUAAAAUGUAUACCCGAAACAAUAUUUGUUGGCAAGACUGAGUGGAAAGACAUUUCUUUAAAUAAACUUGAGCGUAUUAUUCAUUUGAACUUUUAUUCAUUUCGCCAGAAACUCAUAAAAUAUUACAAAGGAAAAAUCGCCAUCCGCAAGAAGUUGUCCAGUCCACGUAAAUAAUUCCCAGAAAAGCAUAAUAAAAUUGUUUUGCAGUCGCGCCUAGCGUCAAAGGCUGCUGCAUAAUUUUUCAUUAUUUUAAUUUAAGCCAGGGAUGAUCUGAGCAUCACUGUGAUAUCCCUGACGAGAAAUUAAACCUGGCGCCUGAUAUUACGGCUCCAUUGAGCCAGAGUCGUCUCCCCAAUUGCGUGUUGGACUUAACUGCAUGCUCACGCGACACUGACAACAUUGUGCCGCGCUAGGGCUUAAGUUGUUUACGAGUUGUGUCUAGUUUAUCCGCCGUCUCAUUCACGGGUUGUUUGUCAGUGCGGUGAGCGUUUUCUCGUGUCCACCACCUCUCUAAGAGCAUAGGUGAGCACUAGAUUUCUUUAUCCUCUCAUUGGGUAAUUUUCGUUCCACGUGACUUUGUCACGGCUCAUCGAAGACGAAGGACCACACAAAGUUUCCCACAAUGCUUCACAAAAUGUUCACCGAAUUUGGCAGAGAGGUUAGCGCCCGCCAGUGCCAUGGGACUGCACGCUUGGGGACGAGCGAAUGGUUAGCGGUGCAUGACGGGUAUUUGUUUUCCUCUUCUCAAAAACACGUACACGGGGCACAAACAGCGCACAACACGCGCUAGCGCUAUGGAGAACCGCAGCAGACGAACCGCUCGGUGGUGCUAAAAAUGGCCGACCACACCAACACGCUUCUCCAGUGUUCGCUCAAAAUUCGACACGGCCGCAAGUGGAAAACACGAUGGUGUGAACUGACGAAAUUGAGUCCCGUGUCCGACCAAAUUGUCCUGAAAUUCUACAAGGGACAGGACCAGCUGCUGGCAGGGAAGGAGAUCCGCAGGGAACAGAUUGUCAUCUCGGCCCAGAACUUCUGCGGUGUGGAGUCCUGCAUCCGCCACCCCAAGAACCCCUUUGUGCUGACCGUCGUCUGUCUGGAUCAGAUCAUCUUGCUCUCGUUUGCCUGCCACAAGGACCUCUUGGCCUGGUUUGAGAAGACUUAUGUGACGCUGGGAAACGCAUCCAGCAAAUUCAAAUGUACGGUGAAAGUGCCCAAUGGGGGCCGUCUCCGGCCAGGCCCUGGUCUCCUCUAUUUCCACGACAACCACUUUGCCAUCACCGACGAGGUGCCCUCAAGGCUGGUCGGUGGUUGGAGUCUGUCCAACCUGUCCCGCUACGGCCUUGUUGAGGAAGGCUUCGCCUUCGAAGUGAGAUCAACUAGUAAAGAUGGGGGUGCUUUCAUUGUGAUCACGCAGCAAGCGGAAUCUCUCAAGUCUCAUUUUGAUGCUGCGACAUACAGCAGCUGUACGUCCAACAGGUGGUCCCAUGUAUCCAGCACAGUGUCCAUUCACGAGGAGCUAGUUCCUAGGAGGAAAGACUUCUCGGAGGAAUUGCGUUGCUUACUGGGCUCAAGCAAGAAUGGCGACCACCUGUCGGGAGACGGCAAUGGACAGGGAGGGACGCUACCCUACCAAUUGGGCACCAACCAGAUCAGGAGCCCGACUAUGCUGGAGCACUGCUCCAACCGACGGAACCAGCUCUAUCGCAACCAGGCCCUGGGCGGCCGCUUUAUUGAGAUGAUUGAGAUGGACCAGUCCUGGGCAGCGAGUGGUGGUGGCAGUAGUAGCAGCAGUGGCAGCAGCGUGGAGACCAUUUUCAACACCUGUGACGGGCUGCGUUCUCCCAAGAAGACCACGCCCAUCCGGGAACAGAACUACGAGAUCAUGGCCUCUUUCAACCACCUCAGGGGGGCGGAGGACUCCUCCAAUGGCAAUGAGCCCCACAUGGGUGAACUGCACGAGGCUUGUGCAAUCUGCCAGGGAGGCAAGAAUGUCCCUGGUGUGGACAGCGACAGGGAAGAACAUGAAUAUGUCAAUCUUCCCCCACCUAAAAAUGGCAAAGGGUCCAAUCAACAGGGUCCUGCAGACAGCAAAAACCUGAACAGGAGUCAGGUCCAUGUACAUGCUCUGGAGAACACACCAGAGCAAAGUAAAAAGCAGACACCUAAAUUUUCCAGUAAUUCUGUGCAUGCACGAACUAUGAGCUUGCCACUUAACGAGGAUUAUUUACUUUCAAAAUAUGAGCAUGAGAACUCCAGACCUCCAUCAAGUAAGUCAGGGAAUGCCAGGAGCCUGUCAGUUCACCCUUCCCUGGAGUACUCGGAUACUCUCCCCCCACCAUUCAAUGAUCUCCUGCCAGCAAGCACCCUGCAAGACAUGCUCCAGGAUUUGCCAAACGCAGAGAGGACCUCCAGGGGCCGUCCACCAAGAGAUGCCCGCAGCAACAUUCCAGUUCCAUUCCAGCACGGGGAUCUGGUGAAGCCCGUCGGGCCUCUAGCGAAGCUCAGACUCAACAGCACCUCCAGCAGCAGCAGUGAGUCAGUUAGCUCGGCGAGUGAGUCCCUACUCGAGUCCCAAACCUCCCGCAGUGCAUCCUUCAGCCGGCCACGACAGUCCUCCAUCGGGGCGUCCUACCAGAGAGCUUUUGCCAAGAUUCACUCCCGCAGCCACGACGAGCGGCCAUCAUCCCCUCCCAUCGAUACCACAGCACUAAAAUUCCCAUCUCGGAGUUCAGAUCCUGACUUCCAGAGAGUGAUGGGACAAAGAGAUGAAGACGUAGAGACUUUUGUGUACGCGAGGAAAGGAUCAAUCGAACGGAGACCAGAGAGCCCAAUAUCCAGUGCCCCAUCUGUCACAUCCUACAUCACUAGGAGAAGGCAGUCCUUACAAAGGGCUGAUUAUUCAUUGGAUGAGGCAAAGGCCCGGUCCUUUGAAGACAAGUCCGUGAACAUCCCAAGACGUAAACGCUGCAAUACAGAUCCCUCGGUUGUCUUCACCACCCCUGGUGACGGCACAGCAUGGUGUCGUGAUCCCAAUGAUAAUGAUGAUCCAGAUGGUGACGGUUAUCUAAUCAUGAAGCCCGUGUAUGAAGAAAAGUUGAAGCGUUUCCAGUCACGUCAGCAUUCCAGCCCCAUCAUCCAGACCAUGCCGCAGAGCCCGCUGCACUCAGGUGAGAAGAAGCCCUCCUUCCUGCAGUCAAAGCUGAAGCGCUCGGCUACGGUGAGUGGAGAGGUGAGCUCACUCUCCCCAAUGCGCUUCAGCCAGCGUGCCAUGAGCCUCCGCGAGCGCCCCACCCGCGGGUUUGCGGGGACCCCACCGGGAGACAGGAAAGCGAGCAUGGGCUUCGUGGAGCGCUUCCUGCGCAAGCGCGGGGGCUCUGAGGGCGCAGUCAAGAUGGACAUCCCGCGACCACGGCACAAGCAUAACUAUGCCAGCAUUGACCGGGAGAAUGUGGCCCGGCGUGCCAGCCUGAAGGCUCGGAUGGAGAGUAUCGACAACCCUGUUGAAGUAGACAUCUUGGAUGAUGCUGAAUUCAGUGAAAGCCUCACCCAGUUUAUGUUAGAGAACCCCCCACCCUUAGAAGGAAACAUUGGCACAUCUUCAGCUCCCCCCAGCAUGGAGUACAACCAACUUCAAGCCAAAAGGGGACAACCUACAAAUCAGGACAAUGGGAUCAGUUUCACCGCUGAUGUUGACACAGUGGUCUUCAGUGAGGCUAGGAAAGUAGAACGCUCUGAAGAGUAUAUCAACCUAUGACAAGUAGAGAUAUGUUUGCUCUAUUUAUCCAUCACAUAGUUUGUAUGUGGACAUUGGACCUGAGUGGUUUCAGUGGCACCCUGAGCCAUCCCAUGCUGGCAACGAAAUCAUGGAAUUUUUUUUUUCAGCGUUUCGGUUUUCAUCCACGAUUCCAAUGGUGGUCAGUAGUAAUUACAGUGAUCCUGAAUUACAGUCAUUCCGAAUCCUGAAGGAUAUGACUUUUUUGAUCAGUUGGUCAGUUCUUGACAACUGGUGAUUUUCAACUUCAAGAAUCUUGACUCCUUUUUGUCACAGGCAGAGGUGUGUGUGUUAGAAAUGAGUUGAGAUUUUUUUAUCAAAUCAGAAACUUCUCAGAAGGAAAAGUUGAAUAAUAACAUCAGUGAAAGAAGAAAACUAUCAAUUUGUACGUAAAGCAUCACCUUAAAUGGUACUAGUGCAAAAAGUAACGAGUUCAGUUCAAGGCAGUAUUUGUCCUAGUUUCUUCGAGCAUCAUAUAUUUUGUAAUGUGUGACGUAUCAGUGUGUUGUCAGUCGUGAGUUACAUGUACACCUGAUGACCAAUGUACAUGUGAAAGUUUAUUUAUUACCUACCACUUUUAUCACUUUUCUACGGUGUGACAAUUUUCCAACUUGCGAUCUUUAUUGUAAAAUAAAGUGCAAGUGCAAGAUGGUACAGUCAUGUGUGAUAGACCAAAGGGGAUCUUUUUUUAAAUUAACUUUGUUCUAGAAGUACACUGUACUUCAUACGGAUUAUGUACGUGUAGUUUUUAGAAUAUCACAUAAAGAUGUUGUGAUGUGAGAUUGUCGUGAACGAGUGAAUGUACGUGGUCUUGUCAUUUUAAUACUCAGAUUAAUACAGCAGUAAAUGUCGAGAAAAAGCAAAGAGAAGCAUACCUGUAUGAAAAUUAAUGCAUUAUGCAUUGUCUUUGAAUAUUCACACAGGUUUUUUUUUUUUGAUUCUUACUUUUGUUUUCAAUUUGGUAGGGUAGAAAAAUUCUCUGAAACAUUUCCUACUUUUACUUUUCAAACAUGGAAUAGAUGUAGUAAUUAUUCUCAUAUUGCUAGGCUGGCAACUAUAAUAAUUUGGUAAUUCAUCGAUCAUGAUUUCUGCUAUUUUGGCGAGCAGGUCUAUUCAGUUAUACUUUUCAGUUCCGUUAAUUGAGAAUCUUUUCAGAAGAUACAGGACUGAGCGUUUGAAAAAUUCUCGCAUCAAAAGCCCUUGAAAAUCUGCAGAGAAGAAAGUGAACUGAGCACAAUUAGGGCAGUUUUAAUUUGCUGUUACAGCUACAUGUAAAAGUUAAAUGGGAUCAUGAUGACUGACCGGGAUUAUCAGGAUAAAAUCAGCUUUCCAAAAGAAAAUACAAUAUUCGUUCCAACAAAAACUGUAUAACCCCGUUUCAUGCCUACACAUACGUUGUGCACAUACGGUGGAGUUCUUUUUGACGUACACUGCUGAGUUCUUGAUCUUCAUUUCGAACUGAGAAAGGAUCUCAUUUCAGCAGUUUCAGAUCUCAUCGCAGAUCACUUUAUGCACCUUACAUGUAUGUCUCCUAAUGUGACAAAUUUGUUACAAUGCACGUUUAUGCAACAGAGACUUCUAGAAAUACAUUUUUAUGCAGGUUAAUCCACACUUCUUCCUUUUUUGGACACUAUAGCACAUAACUUCUUCCCUGUAAUUAAUGCAAACUCUUCUAUCCCUAGUCAAAAAAGGUUUGUAACUGAUCUCUGUAUAACAUAAACGAACAUCAUUGCAAAGUUGAAGUGAACAACCGAUACCGCAUCAACGAUUGGUAAAAAAAAACUGUCCCCCAUCUACUUAGUUUAGACGGCAAUUCGCAAGUAGAAAUGUCUACGUACCCACAUUUCUGGCAUUUUGUUUAGCCACUCUGGAUUGCAACGGUUAGUGUCGUUGCCAUGGUGUAAUAAAGAGUGAUUUCAAGAGCAACGUUCGUUACUUCCACCGAAUUGCAUUGCAAGUUACAACUGAGCACGGUUGGUUUGUUGAUGUAAAAAAAAGAGGAAGAUCUUUACGCGACGCAGAAGGUUGUGAUUAUGGGCAUUCCCUGAACGUGUACAUGUACAAAGAGUUUAAGGCUGCAUCCAAAUCUGUUGUCUAGAGCUAGGUCUAGGUCUUCGCUCUAU